AUGGAGGGUUUUCGUGAUGUGAUGGCGAAUUGUGGGUUGGGUGAACUACGAUAUGUGGGGAAGUGGUACACUUGGGAGAGGGCUCGAAGUCCGAAGAAGAGAAUUAGAGAUAGACUUGAUCGAUUUAUCAUAUCCCGUGGUUGGUUGGAUUUAUUCCCAGAGGCUUUCAUCGAGCAUUCGGUCAGAUACAGCUCGGACCAUGUAGCGGUGGUAUUAAAAGAGAGUGCUAAUAGUGGUGGGGAUCGAGUAAGGGGAAGUCGGGGAUUCAGAUUUGAGACUGGGUGGCUGUUAGAUGAGUCUUGUGAGGAGAGGGGCCUGACUUCGAGGGAGAAUUGUGAUCUUUGUGUGGCUUUGGAGAGUGAGCUUGAUGGUUUACAUGCUAAGAAUGAUGCUUACUGGUACCUUCGUUCGAGAGUUGCGGAAGUAAAGGAUGGGGACAGGAACACUGCCUAUUUCCAUCAUAAGGCGUCUCAGCGGAAAAAGAGGAACUAUAUUCAUGGGUUAAAGGAUAGAGAUGGUGUGUGGCAAACGGAGGAAGAGAAUAUUGAGAGGGAGGUGGAUCGAUACUUUGACACGAUUUUUACCUCGUCUGGACCAUCUAGAGAUAAUCUGCAAGAAGUUGUAAAGCAUGUGAGGCCGUCUGUAACCUAG